AUGAAGCGUGGGAAAGGCGAGAAAAAGGCAGCAAAGAGCCGAGAUGGCACCGGUCAAGUAGUUCCACUCACUGAACCGGUGGUUACAGCUACGGCUAUGGUUGGAACAAGGUCAUGGAUAGGAGGACUCUUCACACGCUCCAAUAGACGUCAUGACAAGUCAUCAGUAGACUACACUUUGUCUCCUCUUCAGGAGGAAAGACUUCAAAGGCUGCAAGAACGUGUACUUGUACCUUUCGACGAGGCUCGUCCUGACCAUCAGGAAUCACUUAAAGCAUUGUGGAAUGCAGCGUUUCCGAAUAUUAGUCUCACAGGUUUAGUGACAGAACAAUGGAAAGAUAUGGGAUGGCAAGGUCCCAAUCCAUCUACCGAUUUCAGGGGUUGCGGAUUCAUCGCUCUUGAGAAUUUGUUAUUUUCCUCCAGAACUUAUCCGGUUUGUUUCCGGAGGCUAUUAUUCAAACAAAGAGGCGACAGGGCACAGUGGGAGUACCCAUUUGCGGUGGCCGGAAUCAACAUCUCCUUCAUGUUGAUCCAAAUGCUCGAUUUACAAAAUUCUCCAAAGCCGAAAUGUCUUCCAGGAUUGAAUUUCCUCAAACUCUUAGAAGAGGACGAGAAGGCCUUCGAUGUACUAUAUUGUAUAGCUUUCGCGAUGAUGGAUGCUCAAUGGCUUGCUAUGCACGCUUCUUACAUGGAAUUCAAUGAAGUAUUACAGGCAACUCGGAAUCAGCUGGAGAGAGAGCUUUCUUUGGAUGAUAUUCAUCGGAUUCAAGAUCUCCCUGCUUAUAAUCUCUUGUUCCAAUAG